UGAAGGCGGAAUGUUGCACUGAAAGAUUGCAUUGACAAAUCCAUUUUAGAUUUCUGAAAGUUUGAAUCAGGAAGCGUAAAUUGUGGGUAACGGGGCGUAAAGUGGGUCAUUUUUAAAUGCAAUACUAGAGUGUCCCUGUAGUGCAAUGUUCUAGACAUGUCUUAGCCAAAGCCUUUUUGUUCUGCUUUCCAUUCCUUUUAAGCAUGUUGCAGGUCAUUAUUAUGUGAAUGUGUAUGUAACAUCUGAAUCUUUGACGUGACAUACAAUUAUUGUUUGCUUUAUUAUGUUUUGUGGACUUCUUUGCGCAAUAAAUGUAGAUAUUUUUCUCUCGAAUUGUGGCAGUUAGUCAAUCUUAUAAAAUAUGAUUUAUGUCUAGUCAUUUCAUGACAUGAGCGCACAAAGGGCUGUGAUUUACUCACGGAUCCAGGUGAAUAUAGAAAUUGCACUGAUUUGCAUUAAAUGCAAACUCGCCCGACGUUUUCAGAGACUGGAUUGCCAUGGUUGGUGAACAUCAUCAUUAAGAAGAACUUUCUCCAGUCGCAAUGGCCGAUCAUGAAAUAUUUGAAGACCCCGAAAAGCUGAAGAGAGGCCUUAUUAAAGUUCUUGAAUGUGUGGCCACCAUCUCCUCCGCAGCAGCGGUGGUCAAUCCCAUUUUUGGCGUUGCUGGCUCUCUCAUCCGGGUGGUGCUGCACCAUGUGGAUGAUGAAGAUCUUCAGAAACUCAAACGGGAAUUCGGGAGCGUCAAUCGAGCCCUGGAUGACAUUUCGAGGAAGAACCAUCAAGCCCUGCUGCAGAUCAGGAAGGAAACAUUAGACAAACAGUACCACGAGGUUGAAGAAAACAUUAAGAAUCAGUUCCGCAAAUUCAUGGAGAUUGUGGAGGCGAAUCCAGAUGCCCUGCAGCGCAAGAAAGAUGAUUUCGUGGAGAGUUUCAUGAACGACAAAGAUGACCAGAACAUGUACACGCUUUAUGAAGGUGUAAUCGGGAAGAGGAAGCUCUUCAGUCAGCCCAUUCUGGAGGUGUACUGGAAGCAUUCACAUGGUGACCGCUACGUCAUGGAAAACCUCUGCACUCGACUCGCCUACCUGUUCUGCAUUGGUUUCAUCGCUCUUAUGGGCUAUUACGGCAUCAUAGGGGAUGACUUGGAAUCUCGGAAUGAGGAGUGGGAGGAGAAUAUGAAGAAUGUGCAGGAGAAGAUGCAGGAGAUGCUGAUGAAGUGCAAAUGAUUUAUCUCAGCGUUCUGCACAAUCAAAACCUUCAUGAAAAUACUCUUUGUUGCCUUCUUAAGUUUGUGCUUUUGCUUUCCUUUAGGUUUCAUUAUCGACCUGCAGCUAUCUAAUGCAGCAUUACCGUCCCGAUGACGGCAGGUUAUGCUGACAUGUAUAUAUGAUGAUAUGGCUCCCUGUAAUGUUUUUUUUUUUUUUUUUUUUUCAUACCAGGAUCACACAUUUUUAUGGCUUGCUUUACAUGACAAACAUAUUUUACAGUUUAAAUGCUAAACUCUAUAUAUAUAAAAAAAAAUGUGCACUAAUUGUGAAUAUAUAAGGCAUUCAAAAGUAGUCACACACAAAAAUCAAAAUGGCUUCCUGUUCUAUAAUUUAGGUUUUUUUUUUGGUUUUUUUUAUAUUCUCACAGGAUCACAAAUCUUUAGGGCUUGCUUUAGUUUAACACUACAUGACAAACAAAUGUUACACUUUAAAUGCUAAACUGUACUUUAUAAAAAGAUACAUGCAAACAGCUCAAAAGUGCAUAAAUUGUGAAUAUAUAUAUAAGGCAUUCAUUAGCAAAGUCACAGAUAAAAAUGAUCAUAAUCACCUUUAACACUACAUGAUGAACAUGAAUAGAAAUCCUGAAUAAAUAUUUAGAAAAUAAAGAGAGAAUGUAAAGACUGAAAUGUAUCUAGCUGUCUAUCUGGACGUCCAUCUGUCUGUGCAUAUUAAAAUCAAAAUUUCUUUCAA